AUGAUAGUUAGAGAAAAGUGUGGAUGUGAAAAACACGAGAGCAAAUCCAAUGGCGAGUGCGCUUCAUUGACGGGACCCAAGACGGGUGACAUUUACCGGACGUACAACAUUCCCACCCGCUUCAUGUAUCCCAAGCUAUUUCGAGGCUACAGGCAGCUGGAGGCAGGCGCCAGUCCGCACCCGUGCUACCGCAGCACUUCGAUGGAUUACGGCUGGUUUGCACCGACUGUUCACACGGUACCGACGGCCUACUACCCGCGCGACGGCUCGUUCAGCGUCGAAGCCGGACGCGGUGGCAUGUACCGCAAUUGCUCGCUCAAUACCGAGCUGGACAAGUAG